CGACGGGGCGGGCUGCUCGUGGGCCGGCGCCAUCAGUCCGUCAGUCCGCUUGCUUCUCGCGCCGCGUCUGUCGGUCGGUGCGUGGACGGCGGCCGCUCUCAGGGGCUCCUGGCCGCACUCAUGGCUCCUCCCUGUUCCAAUUGCUCUAUCUUCUCUGGAGACCUGUCCCCGGGGGCUGCUAGGAACCCCCUCCCCUGCAACAUCAGUGGGACCUGGGGGUUCUUUGAGCCCGGGGACUUGAACCUGACAGACGAGGAGCUGAGACUCAAGUACCUGGGGCCCCCGCAGUCAGAGCUCUUCACCCCCAUCUGCGCCGCCUACCUGCUCAUCUUCGCGGUGGGCGCCGUGGGCAACGGGCUGACCUGCCUGGUGGUCCUGCGCCAUAAGGCCAUGCGCACGCCCACCAACUGCUACCUCUUCAGCCUGGCCGUGGCCGACCUGCUGGUGCUGGUCUUGGGCCUGCCCCUGGAGCUCUACGAGAUGUGGCGCAACUACCCCUUCCUGCUGGGCGCCGGCGGCUGCCGCUUCCGCACGCUGCUCUUCGAGAUGGUCUGCCUGGCCUCGGUGCUCCACGUCACGGCCCUGAGCGUGGAGCGCUACAUGGCCGUGGUGCACCCGCUCGAGGCCAGGUCCCUGGUGACGCGCACUCACGUGCGCCGCGUGCUCGGUGCCAUUUGGGGCCUGGCGGUUCUCUGCUCCCUGCCCAACACCAGCCUGCAUGGCAUCCGACCGCUGGAGGUGCCCUGCCGGGGCCCCGUGCCCGACUCGGCCGUCUGCACGCUGGUGCGCCCGCGGGCCCUCUACAGGCUGGUGGUGCAGGCCACCGCGCUGCUCUUCUUCUGCCUGCCGGUGGCCAUCAUCAGCGUGCUCUACCUGCUCAUCGGGCUGCGGCUGCGGCGCGAGCGGCUGCUGCACAGGCAGGGACCCCAGGGCCGGGGUGCCGCGGCGGCCGGGGCAACGCUGCGAGGCCGGGGUCGGAGGCAGGUGACCAAGAUGCUGUUUGCGCUGGUCGUGGUGUUUGCGAUCUGCUGGGCCCUGUUCCAUAUCGACCGCCUCAUGUGGAGCUCCGUGUCCCAGUGGACCGAGGGCAUGCAUCUGGCCUUCCAGUACGUGCACGUUGUCUCCGGCAUCUUCUUCUACCUCGGAACGGUCGCCAACCCCGUCCUCUACAGCCUCUUGUCCAGCCGCUUCCGAGAGACCUUCCAGGAAGCCCUGUGCUUUGGGGCGGGGUGCCGCCGCCGCAGGCGCCGUCGCAGCUCCCACAGCCUCAGCCGGGUGACCACGGGCAGCAUCCUGUGUGACUUGGGCUCCCCGGGCGGCAGGGCCCUUGCCCUGGUGGAGAACGGUGGCCCCGAGGGGCAGCAUGAAGCUGACCCUGCCUAAGGGACCCUCGAAGCAGCUUUGCUGGGAGGUGCCAGAGGGCCAUGUGUAUUUGGGGAGCUGUGACUGCCUUCUGCAGGGCUGUCCUUGGGGCCCGCCCCUCUUUGCACCCUGUCCCAUUUCAGUCUAGAAUCUCUGACCAGCACCUCAGUGACUCCUGUCCCCACCCCUGUGUUUGAGAUUUGAGGGCAAGCACGAGAGGAGGGGGGGAGUAAGCUCCAUUUCUGAGGACCCCCAGGCCCGGCAGCAUGCAAGGAGCUCGACACCCCUCAGAAGGUGUUGCUGUCUGCCCUCCAGAGCCCUGGCCUCCCCAUUUAAACUUCUUCCCCCACAGAAACAUCACAGUCAGUGGGCACAGCAAUCCUCCAUUGGGACAACCCCACCCCACCCCCAAUUUCUGAAAUGUUCCCAGGGGCUCCCCUUCCCGUCCCAUUUCUUGCUAAGCAGCUGUGGGUUCUGACCUAUUCUGUCCCUCUCUAGCUCUUGGCCUGCACCUGACCCCUCACUGGCCACCAGUCCACUCAUCCUGCUCUGGGACCCCUACCUAGAGGAGCUGCAGGGUGGCAGGUGUCCCCAGGGACCCGGGGGACCUGGUCCAGUCUCAGCCUUGCUGCCGCCACCUUGUCGUGUGGCAUCGGGCAGGCUGCCUCACCUUCCCAGGCCUCGGUUCCUUGCUGGCAAAAGGAAAGGGGCCCUGCCAGUCACAGUAUUGGGCUCUGGCACUUUAGCUGUGGUUUUCUGUGGGUGCAUAAGCCACUGCUUGCAAAGAAACCAACUGAUAUCGUCAGAUCAACAAGGCGGAAAUUACUCUCUUCUUGUUGCCUCCCACCCCCACUUCCUCCCUGACCUCCAGAUGACCCUUCACCCUCCCAGGAGCAACUCUGGGCCUGGCCUUUGCUUGUACUGGAACUGGGGGGAUGCUUGGCACUGAAUGGCGGCCAGCGUGUGAGCCUGGCCCUCCCUCCCCUGCCUUCAUCCUCACCUAGAUGCAGGCUGACCUGGGGGCCUCAGGUGAGCAGAGCUCUGGGCCCAGCUGGCAGAGGGUCUUGGGGACAAGAAACUUGGGCUGACCAAGGGCAAGGAGUGGCCCUGUGGGGAGAGUUCAGCUUUUGGUUCAAUGAGGAAAGAAGGGGAACAGGGCCAAGUAACUCCAUGAAACCGAGUCCCAUCCUGAAUCCCAUGGGGCUGACAUGGUGCUCAGUCAGGACUCAAUGAAUGGGUGAAACUCAUCCAGGGUCGCUCAGUCGUGCUGCCAGGGAUCUGAGUGGUCCCUGGACCUGGUCCUCCUGAGAGGACUCUGGAGUAAAGGAAACCCUGGCCUGCAGGGCUGGACACUGGCAUAGAGCCUGGGAAGAAGGCGUCCUGCUGUCAGGGUCUGCGGGUUUAGUGCUCCCCACAGCAAACAACCGGCUCGGGCCCAGCUCCCUGCCGGCAAAGAAGAGGCAACUGUACAGGGUCACAGUUAUAAAAAU